AUGGACGAACCCGACCCCCCCGGCUCCCCGCCGGCGUGGGAGGGCGUCAUAGACUGGCGCAUCGAUCGGUUCCUCACCGCGUGGCAGCGCGGGCGCAAGCACUACAGCGACGUCGUUCGCGUCGCGGGAUGCCCGUGGAGGCUGUCGUUGUACCCGCGAGGGAACGCGCGCGUGGACGGCGCCGUCGGCGCGGGCGCUGGGAAGGGUACGCCCGGGAAGAACGAGCACGUCGGGCUGUACCUGGAGGCCACGGACGCGGGCAGCGCGCCGAGCGGAUGGCGGCGUCACGUGGAGUUCAAGCUCGAGGUCGUCAACCAGCUCGACCCGUCGCGCUCGGUGUGGCGCAGCGGCGUGCACGCGUUCGACGCCGACACGUCCGACGGGACGUGGGGAUUCGCGCAGGCGAGUCCUACUAGCAUCACUGCACUGUUCGUCUCGUGCGCCGCCGUCCGCGCGACCGACUCCGGCUUCCUCAGCGACGACGGCGCGGAGACCCUCAACGCGCGAGGACGCGUCAUCGUGCGAUGGAAGCGCGAGGGGUGCGAUCUCGACGGCGGAAAUCUCGACGGCAAAAAUGCGAAGGCGGCCGCCGGCUCGCCGCUCGCGACGUACGCGUAUCCCACCGACCCGAGAGCGCAUCUCGCCGACCCGGACACCGGUCUCGGGCUCCCCGACCGCAUCAAAGCGACGUACCGCGCGCAGGGGCUCGGGGAGACGUCGAAAGCGAUCCCCGGGUCGAUCCUGGACGCCGCGCACGACGCGCCGUACGGGGGGUUUGAUUCGGGAGAGGGCACGGCGGGGACGGGGACGGGGACGGGGACGGGGACGGGGACGGGGACGGGGACGGGGACGGGGACGCGCGGCGGCGGGAAGAUCUCGACAGCCAUGGAGAGGGAGCGAGAGGACUUCUCGCGUCGGCUGCGUCGGAUUCGCCGCGAGGGGCUUCGCGCGGAGGCGGCGACGGGGUUGUGGACGGCGGCGCUGUGGCGGACGACGCGAAGCGAUCGGAGACGCCACCGCGGGCGCGACGGUCCCGGCAAGGGGAGCGGUAAGGGCGGCGCUGAGGUGCGUUCUAUACACUGGUCCCCAUACGACCCCGCUGGCGAUGUGGACGCCGAUCCUUAA